AUGGGUACCCAAAAGCCUAUACAAUUGGAGCCUUUGACUGAUUGUCCUUUAGUUAUCACUCCAUCAAAGCUUCAAGUAUCUUUACCAAAAAAUAAGAUAAAAGAUAUUUUUUAUCAUCCAAAAAAUGAUAAAUAUUAUCUUAAUUAUGAAAAUGGUUCUAUAUAUGAAUUAAAUUCUGAUUUAUCAACUAUACCAGUGUGUUUAUGUGAAUUUAAAAAUAAAAAUAUUUUUUUAUCAAUUAAUGGUGAUGAUGAGUCAGUGUUUAUAACAGAUAGUACAAAUAUCAAUUUUCGAAUUCCUUUUGAAUCUACCUUUUUAUUAAAGAAUUCAUUACUUCCAAAACAACCGGAAAAAGAUAAAAAAGAGGAAAUUAAAAUUGAAAUGGGAUCAUUUGAAAUUAUUCACUGGGCUGCUUAUUUUUCAUCUAAAUCAGAAGGUAGUAAUGAUGGUGAUGAUAAUAUAUCAUUAAAUUAUUUUGAUAAAAGUAUUUUUGAAGCUAUGCAAGUUGUUAGUGCUGGAGUAUUUAGUUCAACGAUUGUUACUAUAAAAAAACCUUAUGAACUUCUGGAUUAUAUAAUAAGUGUUACUAAAGAAAAUGAUGAUGACAGGAAAAGAGAAUUUUUUUGGUAUCAUUUACUUGAAAGAUUACGUGUUGCAUUGUGGGAAUUUGAUCCAUAUUGCCAGGGAUUAAAGAGUAUCGUUAGUGAACCAUUAGUUAUUCAAACACAAGAUAAUCAUAUCAUGAAAAGUGAAAUGGCAAGAUUUUUAUCAUUUCAUUCUUGGCCUCAUAAUAAUUUUCCACUUGCAGUACCUAGUUAUAUGGCUCGAUCUGGUUUUUAUCAUUCUAUUCAUAGAGAUGCUGUUGACAGAUGUUUUUGUUUUGCAUGUAACUUAUGUCUUGCUACUUGGGAAGCUAAUGAUGAUCCGAUUCAAGAACAUGAAAGAUAUUCACAAAAAUGUAGUCACUUUAAAAAUGAAUGUCAAUAUAAUAUACCAAUGAAUGUUACUAUUUCAUCAACAGUUGCAAGGCCUAUAUCUGAUAAUCUAAAUAAUGUUAAUUCUAUUGUUGUUGGAACAUCUAAUUCAAUGUCAAAAUAUGUUCCAGUUGGUAUUAAUUAUAAGGAUGAUACAUGUGGAGUUGUUUUACAUAAACCAUAUUCUAUUAUUCCUGGAGAUUUUGUAGAAUUUAAGAUAGGAUUACUUAAUGAUCAAUUUUAUAAAAAACAUCUUAUUGAUAUUGGAAUUGAUAUAAGUAAAUCAUUAAAAUCAAAAAUUACAGCGCUUUGUUUAAUAUCAUAUAAAACACUCAAUGAUAACUCUACGGGUUUAUCUAAAAAAACAUAUUCAAAUGUUUUUUCGGGUCAUUAUAACGAUGGAUCAACUACAUUUUUAGUAGUAGCAUUUCAAGUUAGUGAUGGAAAUAUUACCGAGAAUGUUGUAGUAUCUUAUCGUACUACAUUGCAAAAUGUCUUUCUUCAAAAGAAAAAAAAUAUCAACGAUCGUGAUGUAUGUGCUCCAUUUAAAGUUACAACAAUAACAGUGGAAGAAGCACUUGCUUUUGCUGAUUUUUCUGAAGAUGAUGAUAUGUUUAAAGAUAGUAUGUCAAAUGAUUAUAAUGAAUGUGAUAUAAAUAGUAAAGAAUCAUCAAUAAGAUAUAGUUUUGAAAAUCAAAUAUUUGAACUUGAAGGUUACUUAAAAAUUUCUCAAACAAUUAUUCAUUAUUUGAAAUAUCCAAAUUGUAUUGAAUAUAUUAUUGGUGAUUCUGAAUUUAAAAAUAUUUUUUUCAUUGUAAAUAAUUAUGUAACAAAAACAAGUGCCAUUAUAUCAUUCAAAGUCAACCAUUCUUGCUUAUGCACAGAAACAUUAAUACCUAAUGGUAUUAUACACAAAGAAAUAUCUGAUGGAACAAUUAAGAAAAUUAUACUUUUAAAUAAAGAUUUUUUUAGAUCUUCGAAACCACCACUUGUUGUUUAUAGUGCAAUAAUUUUAACUAAUGAUGGUAUUUUACAAAUAUGUGAUUUAAAUUCAAAUGAAAAAGCAAUAUUAGGAGUAAAUUUUGAAAGUUUUGCUUUAACAAAAAAUCAAAUUAUUCUUGGAAUUGAUAGAAAUGGUGAAGCAAUGUCAUUUCAAUUUGAAAAAUCAGUACCAGAUGAUUUUGUUAACGAAGUGGAUACAAAAAUUUUGUUUAAACUUGUUUCUGAUACAAAUUUAACAUUAGAUAAAAUGAAAGAAUAUCUAAAAGACACUUUAGCAUAUAAACAACUUAAUAAUGAAAAUGUUUGUAAAAUAUGGCAACUUAUUCAAAUGCAACCAAUUUUAUUUGAUCAAAAUUGUUCCCAAUUGAUUUAUAAUAAAGUUGGUGAACUUGUUAAAAAAGAAGGAAAUGUAGGAACUUAUAGUCAAUAUAGAAUUCAAGUACCACCAAUAUGGAAAAUUAAUAGUGAUCACAAAUUUUCCAUGUUAACAGGACCUGCAUCUUCAAAUAAAGAUUACAUGAAAUGUUUUGCAAUGAAAUCAUUUAAUAUUGAUCCUACUGUUAGUAUUGAGGAUGAUUUAUAUUGUCAAGUUUAUCAGAUUUCUUUUACCAGUGGAAGUUCUUUUUCACAUAUUAAUAUUGUAUUUAAACUUGCUGAUAUUAAUAUGCCUUUACCACAAAUGAAACUUAGUAUAAUGAAAUUAAAAGAAGGUGAAAAAUCUUCUUCUUUGUUAGAAUAUUUUGAUGAAACAAAUACUAGAGUUUUGAGAAAAAAUAUGGAAUCAUUUAAAAGUCAUCUUUUACCAGUAUCUAACAAAGAUAGUUUCUUUAAUUUGCUUGAUUACUCUGAUAUUGAUCAAGGUAAUAUUCUUUGUCAGGUUGGAUAUCAAGAUCUUUUUGAAAGAAUUUUAGCAGAUACCUGUGAUUAUGAUUAUAAUAAUGAAGUUAUUGUAAAACCUGGAGGUGUCACAACUUUUUAUUUUAUUCUGGAAUUUGUACCUUCAGAAUUUUCAUCUCUUAGCAGAUAUCAAAAAUUAUUAUCAAAAGAAAAUUCUGUUUUUAAUAUGCAUACAUUGUUUCAUAGUUCAAAAAAUAAAAGAUUAUUAAAUAAAUCUACAAAAUCAAAUAAAUGUGAUGUAAGUGGAAUAAAAACAUCACGUGAAGGAUACGAAAUUUUAAAUGGUGAUCAUUUAAAACUUGCAGUAAUUAAAGAAAUAUCAUUUUUUAUUUGUGAUUUUGAUCGUAAUAAUAUUGAAAUGCCAAAAAUACAACGAUAUGCAUUGUUAACAAGUACAGAAUGUCAUAUUAAUUUACUUAACAUUGCUUUUGGAAGAUUUCCUCUUAAUUUUACAAAUGAAUCUUUUACAAUAAAUGAAAUGAGACAAACAUCUAUAAAAGCAAUUGAAAUUCUUAACUGGAUAUUAGGAGUUAAUUCAAUUCAAGUUCAACUUUCUAUUGUUAAUAAAUUUUUAUUUUUGUCUCAAAAUGAUAUUUUUAUAAUGGAUAUUAUAGAGUAUGGAUUUGUACAUUCUACAAAAGAUUUAUCAUAUAAUAUCAUUUUAUUAUUAACAAAACUUAUGAAUUCUUCUAAAUGUGAUUUAAAUUGUUAUUCUGAAUAUUGGAAAACAAUGAUUACAAUUGUAACUAAAGUUAUUCCUCAUUUACAAAAUUUUGAUCAUUCUAGUUCAUUUUAUAAUUUAAUAAUAUUUUUAACAACAUUACUAGAUCGAACAAGUGACUUUAUGAAUGAUACAACAAAUAUUGCACUUUGUAAUGAAACAAUAAUGAAAUAUUGUUCUAUAUUAAAAAAAUUAAGUGAUGUUUAUAAUCAAAAACGUCAAAAAGCUAAGUUUUUAACAGAAUUAGAAACAAUAUCGUAUCCUGGUGAUUUGUUUGAACUUGAAAUGUUUGAUUGGCCAAAAACGAUAAUAAAAGUCAAAAGUUAUUUAAAUUGUGAAUCAAACAGAGAAUCACAUAAUAUUAUUGAAAAGAAUAGAAAAUAUAAUAAUAAACAUAUUAAUCCAGAAAUACCAACUCCUGAUUCACUUACAAAUGCAGCUAGUAAUACAAGUCAAACUAAUUAUAAUAUUCUUAUUGAACAAUAUAAAGCUGCACAAUCUGGUGAUUCUAUUUAUAAGGAUUUAAAAUAUGUAUUAGAUGCAACAGAAAAAAUUAAUAACAAAAAUUAUGAUCAAACUAAAAUUUAUCCUAAUCCAAUUAGUGAAGAAAACAUGAAUAGAUUUAAAACUACUGUUCCUGAAUUUUUUUUAUCUAGAUUUCAACAUAGAUUAGGAGGAAAUUCUCAAUCAACAAAAGAAGAUUAUAUUCGUUUUUUUAAUUUUGAUUUUCUUAUACAAAAUGGUAAUAUAAGAAAUGGAAAUUCUGAUGCAAAAAAUUUUAUAUAUGGUAAUACUGAUGAAUGGUUAAGUAUAUGUGAUGAUAUGAAUUGUUAUGUAAGUACAGGAGAAAUCAGAAGUGUUUCAUAUAUUAAUACAAAAAAAUGGUUUGAAUUGUUAGAUUAUAAAAUUAUUAAUGGAACUCAAACAUUUAAUAAUUCUUCUAUUUCUGAUACUUCAUCUGAUUCUAAAAAUAAUCAAUUAAAACCUCAAAAAAAACAUGGUAUGUCUGCACCUUUUCCUCCAGUUGCUGUAAUGGAAUCUUUUGGUUCAUCUAUACCUAAUUUUAUAGAAUCAAAAGUAAAUAUAAAUAAUAGUAUGGGAAAAGAAUCAAAUAAUGUUAAUGAUUGUUUUGAGCGUGAUGUAAUUAUUGAUCCAACAUUUUUAAAUGGUAUUUUAGAAAGUGAACCAUUAAUUUUUAAAAUUGUUGAAACUACUGGACAUGUAAAAGUUUUUGGAUCAUCAAUGACAUCAGAAAAAAAUAGACAAGGACAAGAAACAGAUUGGAUAAAUAAAAAAUUUACUUUAAGUCUUCAAUCUGCAAUUCAAGUACCUGUUCCAGAACUUGUUACUAUGGAUAGAUUAACUGUUGGUUCUAAAAAAACUAUUCUUAUUAAUUUUGGAACACCUGUAUAUUUAACUCAUAUUAUUAUUCCUUCAAAUAAUGCUAUUGGAAGUAUUGAUAUUCUUGGUCAAUUUAAUGAAGAAUCACCAAAUGAAAUUAUUGGAAGUUCUAAUACAUUUUCUAAAAGAUCUUUAAUACUUAAUAAUAUAAAUCUUAAGUCACCUGUUCAAUUUGUAACACUUGUUUUACGUGUUAAAAAUUUUGUAAAAGAAGCUAGUAUUUUUUGUCUUGGAAAUUUUUAUGGACAUAGACAUUUAAGUUGUACAGAUAUAUAUGACUUAAAAAGUUUAAUUCAAUUACGUGAAAAUUUAGAAGCUAGUUUUAGAUAUUUAGAAAAAGAAAUUGAACUUUCAAUUGGAUGUCUUGAAAAUGAUGAUGAAGAACAAAAUUCUUUAUUAAAAAAUUUAGAAAAUUGUCAUAUGAAAAAAUUAAAAUGGAAUAUUGUAAAUGGAAUUAUAAAUAGAAUAUUGGAAUCAAAUACAAUUUCACAGUUAGAAAUUGUUGAAAAACAAAAUUAUGCUAAAAAUUUAUUUAAUUCUAAAAAUUUUACAUUUUAUGAUUGUACUUUAGGACGUGUUCAAGCAUAUCUCGAAAGUAUUUCAGUAUUUUUAUUAGAAGUAUCACAAAAUCUAUCAAUAAGAUCUUUAGUAUCUACUACACGUAUUGGAGACAAUUUUGGUUUAAAAAAAAAUGCUCAGCUAGUAAAUGAUAUUGUUGAAAAAUUAUUUGAUCUUGAAUCAGCUGUUUCUAUAUUUGGUAGUGUUGUUAUUUUUGGCAAUGCUGAAACACGAGUAAAAUUAAUAAGCCUUUUGUUUCAAACAUGUUAUUCAAAAUCUUGGUGGCCACAAUUUUUUACAUCUGUUCUUAAAAAAUUUUAUACUUAUUUUCAAUAUAAAACUGAUGAUGAUUUUUUUAUGAUGUUCUCAUUUUUACUUCAUAGUACUGUAAAAUUUCCUGCUUUAUAUGGAUCAACAAUGAAAGAAUUAUUAACCUUUUUAGUAUCACAAUGUGUUGAAAAGAAUUUAUAUAAAAAUCAUCAAUUAAUUACAUGGACAUUAACUUUAUGUUCAACUGCAUUUGAUGUUGUUGUGGUAAAUAAAAGAAAAUCUGAUAGAUGGAGUUUUAUUUCUGGUGAUUUUGCAAUUUCUACAUUAUCUCCUAAAACAUCUUUAAAUGUAUCAGAAACAAAAGAUUUUAAUAUAUCGCCUACAAGUUCCCAAAAUAUAAUAAAUAACAAAAAAAAUGGUAUAUCAAUGACAACAAAUCAAAAUCCACCACAAAAUACAGUAGCAAUUACAUUUCCUCCUUCAACUGUUCCACCUCCACUUCAAUUUAGUUUAAUUACUCAUGGUGGAAUGCCAUUACCACCACAUGUAUUUUCUUCAUUAAGUGUACCAUCAUCAACAAUAGCUCAGUCACUAGGUGAUAUGUUAACAUCAUCACCAACUUCUUCUCAACCAUAUUUAGGUACUUUUAUGGUUCAACAACAAUUUAAUCUUGGACAAAUGUUGUCAAAUAAAGUUUUUCAUAAUUCUCAAAAUAUUCAAAAUAGUAUAAAAUUUAAUAUUCAUCAACAUAAAAAAGAUAUUUCAAGUAGUAAAACUCGACAAUAUUCAGCACGCCUAAAAAUUCCAUUUGACUUUUGUAAAGAAAUUGUUAAUACAUUAACAAAUCUUCUUCUUGAAAUUCAUAAUGAUUCAAAUUCUGAUUUACCACUUGUUACAAAACUUCUUUUAUGUAAAAUAAUUUCUAAAGUUUGUAAUCAUGGAGGAAUGCAUCCACUUCCUUUGACACUUGUUAUUAAAGAAAAAACAUAUAAUUUAAUAUCAUUAAUGAUUGAUACUACAACACAAUAUUGGCUUAAACAUGCAUUACAAUGUCUUUUUUUUGAUUCUAUUGAUGCUGAAUUUAGGCAACAAAUAAAAAAUAUUCUUUCAUCAUAUACAAAAUUUGAAAAAAUGAAUGAAUUUAAAGAAGGAACAAAUGAUUUUUAUACAGCUAUAAUUAGUGAUGUAAAAAAACAUAUUUUAAUAUUAAAUGAUUGUCAAAAAAUUGGUUAUGAUAUGACACCAAUUACUAUUGAAUCAUUAGAAGAUAUAAUGAAAUUACAUACAUCUGUCACUAAUCGUGAACAUUUAUCACUUGGUGAAAGAUUAAAUUAUAUAUUGGAAGGUCAAGUUUCACAUGACAAACUUCCUCAACUUAAAUAUGAUUGUGUUGAAAUUGAUUAUGAUUCAAAUCUUAAAAUAAACAUAGAAAAUAUGGAAGCACCAUCACAUACAGCUGUAGCAUCUAGAAUGGAAAGAUCAAAAUGGGGUUUUUCAACUCCACAUGAUAUAUUUUCAAUGGCAAAUUUUGAUUCACAAAAUAAAGAAUUAUUAUAUGAACAUUUAAUGAUUCUUAUGUAUUUGUUAAGACCAUCAGAUCAAAAAAUUUGUACUAUACCAUCUUCUUUACGUGUUACAAUUUUAACAGCUUUUGUUGGAAAAUUUUUAAAGAAAAAACUUCUUAAAGAAGAAUCAAUGAUUUAUAUUUUUAGAUGGAUAGAUGUAUUAAGAAUUAUUGAAAGACAAUUUGCAUUUACAGCAAAAUCUGAAAAAGAAUAUUUAUCUUUUAUGGUUAUAGAAAUGGGAUAUAUGGAUAAUGAUGAUUAUAAACUUGAUAUAGAAUUUUCAACUCAAUCACGAGCUGCAUUGUCUGCUCUUAGUUCUUUUGAAGGAAUAUAUUUUGGUAGAAAUAAAGGUGGAAGUGUUGAAACUAAUAGUGUUUCUUUAUCAUAUGUAUCAAAAAAUGCUUCUGAAAAAGAUAUUAUGGAAAUAGCUAAUAAAGAUUAUAUAUCAGGUGUAGAUAAUGUUAUUGAUAAUGCUGAAAAAUCUGAUCAAGCUGAUGAUUCAAGUCCUGAUGAAGAUGAAAGUUUAUCAGAGUCUAAAAAAAAUAAGUUAGAUAUUCAAACUAGUGAAGAUAAUAAUGAAUCUUUAUUAGAUGAUGUUGUUAUUGAAACAGAAUGUGGAUUAACAUUUAAUAAUUUUAAAGAAAAUCAACUUAAAAAGUAUGAAAUACAAUUAAAUGAUCAAAGACAACGUUUUAUUCAUUUACUUAGUACAGAAAAUAUUAAAAGAAGUGGAUUAAAAGUAUUAAUUGAAAUGAUGAAUGAAUUUAUAGAUAAUAUAACUGAAGAUUUAAAAAAUAUUGUUGAUACAGAAGUUUUGGCUUCUUAUAUUUUUACCAAUCAAGCUUUAGAAUCUGAUAGAAUUGGUAAUUGUUUACAAGCAGUUAUAAAUUUGCACAAAAAAAUUUGGGCCAAAGAUUCUUUGAUAAUGCCAUAUUUACCUGCUAAUCAAAGUUAUGUUUAUUAUAGAUUUUCUCAAUCUACUGAUGUUAAUUUGAAAUCUGAUAUUAUAUAUAAUGAAAUUAUAUUAAAAGAAUGUCUUGGAAAAUGGUGUAAUAUUGCUAAUUUACCUUUAGAAAAACAGCAACAUACUGAAUAUGAAGAUUCAAUAUCUAAAAAAUUUAUGGGUAUUACAAUGUAUACUAUUAUCAAUAUUUUUAAUUGUUUAAUUUCUGAUUUUAAUUGUGUUAUUGAAAAUUACAAUUUGGCAAAAAAUAUAUUGAUUACUUUCUUUGAUAUUCUUGGUAAUGUUAGAACUAAAUUAAAUUCAAUUAUUUCUCAACAUGGUAAAGCUAAAUUUUUUUAUGAAGAUAUUUGUCUUAGUGAAUCUGCUGUUGAAACAUUAAUUAGUUUAAAAAAAUUUUGGUUUAAUUUUGAUACCAUUGAUAUAUCACAUGAAGCUAUAAGACUUAUAGAACUUUCAUGCUUAGCUAGUUCAAAAAUUACAGGGAAACUUAUUAAUUCAGAAUAUUUUGAAGAAUUUUUUAUUUCAUAUUUCAAUUCUCAACUUGAUAAUAAUACUAAUCUUGGAGCUGCAUUUUUUGCUCCUGUUAGAGAUUUAUUAAUUACAUUAUCACGUGAUGAAUCAAAUUUUUCUACUUUUAGAACUAAAAUUUUGAAUGUUAUAAGUUAUUUAUUAAAAGAAAAAUAUAAUAUUUUAAAAAAGAAUGCUUUUGUAAUGAAUCACAUUACAAAUAUAAUGAUGAAGAUAAAUUUUCAAGAAAUGUCAUUUUCUGAACAACAUAAACAUUAUUUUAAUAUUUUAGAACCAAUUCUUAAUGGAAUAUUAUCUCUUGUUAAAAAUCGUAAAAUUUUUAAUGAAAAUGACAAUAAAUUUUUUGAUAUAUUUGAAUUAGAUGGUUUUCAAAAAAGGCCAACUAUUCCUCCUAAUAAAUGUUUUACUCAAGUAAUGGAUAAUGAUAUAUGUUUAGAGGGAGAUUGUAAUGGAAAAAAAUAUAAUAAUGGUAAAAUAAAUCCUCUUAUAAAUGAUGGAUUUACUAAAAUUAAACAAAAAAAAAAUGAUAACAAAAAUGAUGUAGAUAAUAAUUUAUUACCAACAAUUAGUGCUUUUUUACCAGGUGAUACUGCUCAAUUUUUACAUGAAAAUUAUAUGUCUUUAACUUGUAAACAUGAAAAUACAAAAAGAGAUGAAAAUAUAGGAAAUGAAAGUGAUUCUCAUUUAGAACAUUUUUUAUUUACUAUGAUUCAAGAUUUAAGUAAUACAUUAAAAUAUAAAAAUUAUGCUGAAUAUUUUCUUAAUGAAAAAUUAGAUUUAUUAUAUAAGAUGCUUGAUAUCUUGUCAUAUUGUGAUUGUGACAAAGCUAUAAAUUUUGAAUCACUUGAAUCUGUUCAAUUAGCUUUAAUUUCAUUUGGAGAUUAUAUUUAUGAUAUAUUAUCAAAAUUAACUAAUUUUAGCAGUUACUUAAUAAGUGGAAAUUCAAGCAAAUUUGUUGAACCAUUUAUAUUUUAUUUAAAUAGAAAUAAUAGAAAUUCAUUAAAAAAUAUAAGUUCAUAUGAAUUAUUAAAUUUAGAUAAAAGAAAAGAUUUUAUUGGUAUGUCAAAACCACUACAAUUUGCCUAUCAAUUAAUGUUAAAAAAUGUUGAAUAUAAAAAAUGUUUUACUGAUUUAAAAGGUGUUGAUUUAAUUGCUGAUCAAAUAAAUAGAUAUGUUAAUUCAUCUUUACAAUCAUUUAUAGCAUCAUCACCAUCAACAGAAUUAUUUGGACAACUUCAAAAACUUACAAAUACUGUAACUGGAAUGGAAGAAAAAAUAUCAAUAGCUAAAGGAAAAAAUUAUUUUGAUCGUGAAGUAAAUUAUGCACCAUUAUCUAAUAUAACUGGUUCAAUGAGAAAUCUUAAUAGUAGUAUUUAUGGUGUUAUGUCACAUGUUCCAGGAAAUGCUAAAAGAACUAGAGCUAUUAAUUGGACAUAUAAUUUUGGUUCAGAAGAAGCUCAUUGUCAUCUUACAUUUACUUUUCCUCAUCAAAUUUUACUUAAAGAUAUUCAAAUUAAAUUUGCUAUACCAUAUCAUUGUAAUGGUAUUGGAAUUCAAGCAAUGUUUGCAACAGAACCAUCAUUAUCAUCAUGGAGAGGUAAUUUUAAUCCACAAAAAGUUGUUGGUAAAGGAAAAAUGGAUAUUAAAUUUAAUGUAAGUACAUUUCCUGUUAAUGCAGUAAGAUUAUAUUUUCAAAAACCUAUUGAUAAUUCAUCAUUAUCAAUAUCUCAAAUUAUUAUUAAUGGAUAUCCAGCUAUAGAUAAUCUUGUAUUUAAAUUUAAAUAUGAACGUGAUUUUAUAAAUUGGCUUGAUAUUUUAAGUAAAACAUUUACUGAUGAUGUGAAUGUAUGGAGUCAAUAUGAAAAAUUAUCACAUUCAUUUAUUAAAUAUUUUAUGGUAUAUGGUGGUGGUGAAGAGGUACAAAAACAUUUAAAUAAAAUAUUUUUACAUUAUGAUCAACAAAAAAAAUCAUUAUCAUGUAGUUCUGUGAGUCUUAUUAUUCAAUAUCUUCAAGAAGAAAAUUAUGUUAAUCCUGAUUGUUUGGAAUUUCUUGCUGAAGCAAUAUCACAAUCUUGUACAAUUGUCAAACAAGGACCAAAUAGAAAAUUACCUAUUCAUUUACUUCAUUCAUAUACAGUUGCAAGACAAAAAAUUUAUUUAGAAACAAUUUCUUCUAUUAUUAAUAAAGUACUUAUUUCACCAAAAAAUGGUUUUGGUAAUUAUUUAGAUUCAACAUUAAUAUGGAUUGCUUCUUGUAUUGUUUGGCAAAAUUCUAAUGAUAAUUUAAUGAAACAUGAUACAGCAGCAACAUGUAUUGAAAUUGAAUCAUGUCAAAGUUCUAUUACAGAAGCUUUUGCAUGGUUAAUGUGUUCAUUUGUCAAAGCAACAUCUUUAUUAUUUCCAUCUAUUUUAGAAGCAUUUGGUUAUAAUAAUGAAAAAAAUAAUAUUAUGGAAAUUAGUACAAGUUCAUUUUUAUAUUAUCUUCAACAUAUUGGACAAUCAGGAACAGCAAUUGAAUUAUUAAAAGAAAAAGGUAUACUUAAUCAAUAUCUUGAAGUUAUUUAUCAAAUUUGUACAAAACCAUCAAAAGAUAAAAUGGUUACUUUUUAUAAUAUUAUUAAUUUUUUGUCAAAAAUUUCUUAUGUUGGUGCAGCAUGUGAAUAUUUAGAUCAUUAUAAACCAACUAGUUUUAUUAUUCCAUUAUUAACAUUUAUGUCUUCUGAAAGUUUUGAUGAUUAUGUUAAAAAAACAACAUUUACUGUUUCAGAAAUUACUGAUAGAGUAAUUGAUUUAAUGAAUAAUUUAACAUCAUAUGGUGGUAAUCAUCGUGCUAAAAUUGCAGAAGCUGUUACAGAAAUUCUUGUACAAUCAAAAAGAAAAAGUUUAACAAGUGCAGCUAAACAACUUGUUUAUAGAAUUGUUUUAGAUGAAGAAAGAAUAUAUGUUAAAAUUUCAUUAGAUCAAGAAGUUGCUAAUAAUUUUAGACGUGAUAAUUCAAAAAUUAUUAUGAGACAUCCAUUAUUUGGAUGUGAUAGAAAUUCUAUGUUAUGUAGAGCAUCACUUUAUUCACCAAUUAAUCAUUUAAUGGAAGAUUUAUCAAAAGAACUUGAACUUAAUGAUAGAGAAUCUUCUAAUAAUUGUAAAGGAUUAAAAUUUGAUAAAUCAUUAAUUCCUUAUACUGAUUGGGCACAAGAUCUUUUUGAAGAUGUUCCUGGUUUUUAUUCAUCAUUAGUAAAAAAUAAACAAGAAGAAGAAUUAGUUAAAAAAGAAAAUGAAAUAGAAAAUUAUUUUCUUGAAAAUUAUGGUUUAUAUUUAGAUCAAUGUUUUAUAAAAGAUAAUCUUUCAAAUGAUUGGACAAUAGGACAAAUUAUUGAUGCUUUAAGAUGUGAUGCUAGAGAUAUAUCAAAAUUAAAUGAUAAAAGUAAUAAUUUCUUAGAUACAACAACAACAAUGGAAGAUAUUUCUCAUGAUGAAUCAGAUGCAAUGUCUGAAUCAAGUUUUAGUACUACAUCAAGAUCAUGUAUUUCACCAUCAUUAUUAAAUAAUUCUAUUUGUAAUUUUGGAUAUUCUAUUCAUGGUGGUGAUAGAGCUGAUGGUUUCUUUUCAUUAUUUGUUAAUUGUUCAAAUGUUACUAUGAAAAUUAAAAAAUCUGAUGAUAUUAAUAAUGAUAAUUCAAAUUUAAAAUUUGUUGUUGAAUCAAAUUCACCAUCAAAAUCAACAUUAAUGCAUUUUGCUAGAAAUGGUGGUUUACGUCUUAUGUCUGAAUAUAUAAAAAAUACUUCAGAAAGUUAUAAUCAUAUUUGUAAAAUAGCAGAAAAUGUUCGUAAAAUAAUAUCUAAAUCAAGUAAUUUAUGUAAUUUAUUUUCAAAUGAUUCAAAAUUAAAUAGAAAAAGAGCUCAUGGUAAAAAAUAUGAAUUGAAUAGUGGUAAAUUAUCUGAACAUGGAACAAUGGAUACUAUUUGUCAUAUGCAAAAUCAAUUAUUAAAAGUUAAUUUAAAUAAAAAUUCAUAUAUAAAUGAAAUUUCAAAUGGUGGUUUAAAAAAUGAUUUUAGUUCUGAAUUUCCAGAAAUUUUUGAUACUUCUACAUUUAUUGAAGAUAUGAAAUCUACUAAAGAAAAUGAUAAUAAUAAAGGAAAUGAUUAUUAUGGUUUAACAGCAUUAUUUAAUGAUAUGAAAACAAUAUCUGUUGUAAAUGAUCAACAAAUUCCUUUAUAUGUAAUGAUUGCUUUUAAUACAUUUUUAAAAUUACAAGGAUAUGCUGAAGCAUUAGUUAAUCAAAAUCGUGAUAUGUCAGUUUAUUUGAUUAAAAUUUUACUUGGAAUAUGUAGUACAGAUGAAGAUAUUGAUAAAGAAGCUUUAACUAUUUUACCAUUUAAAGUUCUUGAAACUCUUUUUGGUAGAAUAAAUACAGAUAAAGGUCAAGAAAAUGAAGCAUUAUCGUUAAGACAUGAAGCAAUAAAUAGUGGAGUUUGUGAUAUUGUUUUUAUUAUGCUUUCUCAUUAUUCUCAUCUUAAAGGAAAAUUUAAAGAUUUAAGAACAAAUCAAAUGAAAAAAGCAGAUGAAGCUGUUAUAAAUAUAAAUUCUCUUAUUAUAUUUCAUCAACAAUAUGAAGAAUUUAAACUUUCUGAAGUACAAGCUAAAAGUGCAUCUAAUUCUAAUAGACAUAAAGAAAAUUAUUUUAUGUAUAGUGGAUCUGAAAAUAAAAAAGAUAAUGAUUCUUAUUGGGCUAAAGGUACAGGUUAUGGACAUGGUACUACUAAUCAACAUUGGAAUGUAAAAGAAUAUUUUAAUAAAAAAAAAAGUGAAGAAAAAAUUGUUGCUUGUAUGUUUGAUAUAUUAUCAAGUUUUAUGACUAUAAAAAGUGAAAUUUUUGAUGACGAUAAAAUUCGUUCAAGAGCUUCAUCAAGACUUUCAAGAUCAAGAAAUAAUACUUUAAAUAGUGGAAUUGCUACAAGUAUUGAAGAUUUUACUUCAAUGAGUAUUUCAAGGCAUUCUUUAUCUGAACGUAGUGAUAUUAAUGAACAUAUUAUGGAUGUACAAAUAAAAAGUAAUACUAAAUAUUUUAUUUCAUUAGAAUUUUUAAUAAUGGCAUUUAGAUCAUCAUUAUCUAAUAAUAUUAAAAAUUAUCUUUCUAAUGAUUCAGUUAUGGAUAUUGCUAAACAUAUUGUUGUAUAUGAAUCUUUAAUUGAAUUACUUUCUACAAUGGUUUGUUGUGAAUCAAUUCAAUGUUCAUAUUUAGAAUUAUUUAAUGAAGAUGAAAAAGAAAAUUUAUCAAAAUAUCAUUUAGAAAGUACUGGAACAACAUUAGAAUUAAUUAAAAUUUUACUUAAUUUUAAUAAAGAAGGUUUUACAAUAUUUACUCAUUUUAACAAUAUUUAUGAUAGUAUAAAAUCAUAUACAAGUAAUCUUAAAAAUAUAGUAACAGUUACAAAGAAAGAUAUAAAAUAUGGUAAUGAUAAUAAUAUAUCAACAGUUAAAACUGAAGCAGAUGAAAUUUGUGAAAAUGAAAGUACUACUGAUCAAUCAAAUGAUGAAGAAAUAAGUGAAACAACUUUAACUAAUUUAUUAGGACAUAUGGAAACAUUAUUUAUAUCAUUAAAAUCAAAAAUAUAUGAUGAUAUAGAAUUAUAUAAUAAAAAUGACAAAAAAGAAACUAUUUCAAUUGAAGAUUUAUAUAUUGAUGAAUUAAAAAAAUAUCAAUUUUUACCAAUAUCUUAUAUGGAUGAAAAUGAACGUUUUAUUAUACCAUAUUUUUAUGUACAAAAUGUUACACAUAAUGGUGGUGGACAAACAGCUUCUAGAACAAGAAUGCGACGAAUAGCACAAGAAAUGUUAACUUUAAAAAAUUCAUUACCUUUAUCAUUUGGAAGUUCUAUUUUUAUUAAAACAUGUGAAGAAAGAUUAGAUGUAUUGAAAGCAUUAAUAACUGGUCCAAAAGAUACACCAUAUGAAAAUGGAUGUUUUGAAUUUGAUAUUUAUUUUCCAAAUGAUUAUCCAAAUAGUCCUGUACAAGUUAAACUUUUAACUACGGGUGGUGGUUCUGUUAGAUUUAAUCCAAACUUGUAUCAAGACGGUAAAGUUUGCCUUUCUAUUUUAAAUACUUGGCAUGGAAGACCUGAAGAAAGAUGGAAUUCAGAGACUAGUUCUCUUCUUCAAGUUCUUGUUAGUAUUCAAUCAUUAAUUCUUGUUUCUGAUCCAUAUUUUAAUGAACCUGGUUAUGAACGUUCACGAAAUACUGAUAAUGGAAAAGCUGCAUCAUUUGAUUAUGAUUUAAAUAUUAUGCAUAAUGUAAUUAGAUGGGCUAUGUAUGAUAUGAUAAAAAAUCCUUCAAUUGCAUUUAAAGAUGUUAUUUUACGUCAUUUUUCUAUUAAAAAACAAGAAAUUAAAGAACAACUGGAUAAAUGGAUUAGUUUUGCAGAGGCAGGACAAAUUACAAAUAAUGGACUUUCAAAACAAACAAUACCUCAAUCCAUCAAACUAUUGAAACAAAAUAGAGAUCUUUUUAUUAAAACAAUUGAAACAUUACCUGAUUUAGAUGAAUUAAAUUCUUCUGAAAAAAAUGAAUCUUCUUCAAAAAUUACUGAAACUACAGAAAAUGAAAAAUUGAUUUAUAUCUAA